UUCAGUAAACCGAGCUUGUGCGAAGGGGGGAGAGGACGUGAAGUGCAUGCUUAAAGCGUGUUGUGUAUUAAACAAGUAGAAUUUUUAUUUCCGUUCCAAAAGAUGAGUCGUGGAUAUUCAGAAAACAACAAUUUCCUGAACAAUAACAGCCAAAUGGUGUUGGACAUGCUUCUUUAUCCAUUAAUCGGAAUCCAUCAGACCAUCAACUGGGAAACUGUGGCAAGGCUUGUUCCUGGAUUAACGCCCAAAGAGUGUGCAAAAAGGUUUGAGGAACUGAAGAGCAGUGGAAGCUCACCUGUUGACAACCGGUAUAGUCCCCUAAUGGCUGGAGAGAGUCCCGUUGAAACUUUAGCCACGUAUAUCAAAUCCUCACUUCUUGACACACACGGAGAAUUUCAGGAGGCUUCUGUUGAUCAGGAUGCAGUUUCCAAAACAGGAAGACAUAGUAUAGCUUCCACAAGGAAUUGUUCUUCAGAAAGUGAAAAUUGUACUACUCAUAAUGGUGGAGAAAAGACUGAAGAAUCUGAAGGGCCAAAUAUGGUGAUCCAUGUAUGUGAUGAAGCAAAAAAUUUGAAAGAAGAUUUUAUUUGCCCACGAGACCUUUUGAUAUCAGAAAUGAAGUACUUUGCUGAAUAUUUAUCUAUGGAUGCCCAGCGCUGGGAAGAGGUGGACAUUUCAGUUCACUGUGACGUUCAAAUUUUCAACUGGUUGAUAAAAUAUGUUAAAAGGAACACUAAGGAGAAUAAAGGUUGUGAGAUGCCCACUUUAGAGCCAGGAAAUGUCAUUUCAAUUCUUAUUUCUUCAGAGUUUUUGAAAAUGGAUUCAUUGGUUGAACAAUGUAUUGAGUAUUGCCACAAAAAUAUGAAUGCCAUAGUAGCUACGCCAUGCAACAUGAACUGUAUUAAUGCAAAUCUUAUUACACGUAUAGCUGAUCUAUUCACACACAAUGAGGUUGAUGACUUAAAAGACAAGAAAGAUAAGUUUAGGAGUAAACUGUUUUGUAAGAAGAUUGAGAGACUAUUUGAUCCUGAGUACUUGAACCCAGAUUCUCGGAAUACUGCAGCAACGCUGUACAGAUGCUGUUUGUGUAAGAAACUUUUAACAAAAGAAACAGAAAGAAGAAUUUCUUGCAUUCCUGGAAAAAUCAAUGUGGAUCGACAUGGAAAUCUUGUGUAUAUUCACAUAAGAGAUAAGACUUGGGAUGUUCAUGAGUAUUUGAAUAGUCUUUUUGAAGAAUUAAAAUCUUGGAGAGAUGUAUAUUGGCGCUUGUGGGGAACAGUCAACUGGCUAACUUGUUCAAGGUGUUUUCAGGUUUUCCUCUGCACAGAAUUUUCACAUUGUCAGUAUCACUCAGAAGCGGUGAUUUAUCCUCCUGCAGCCAGUUCACUUAGUACUGUGGGCACUGGAAUUUAUCCCUGCUGUAACCAGAAGGUCCUUCGGUUUGAUCCUACUCAGUUUACAAAGGGUUGUAAAGUGAGGGACCACAUAGUUGCUCUUCAUGAUCAAGGUGAAGGUGGAAGUUCGCUGUCCUAUCCAACUGCUAGAAUACUGGAGGAUCUGCACAAACACAAAGAUGUCAUUGUUGUGCCUUUUUCUAAAGAUACAGUUAGUGAUUCUGGGGUUGGUCCCUAUGAUGAGAAGGGUCUGGACUGUGAUAUUUUACUGGAGCCAAAUACACCAUGGGGCCCCAAAAGUGGGGAGCUCAAUGCUUUUUUAUUACUGAAAAACUGGACUCUGCAACUGAAACAACAGUCAUUAUUUUCAGAAGAGGAAGAAUAUACCACCGGAUCUGAGGUCACUGAAGAUGAAGUUGGAGAUGAAGAAGAAGUAUCCAAGAAACAAAGGAAAAAGGAGAAGCCAAAGAAGUUCACUAAACAACCAAAAAAGCAGAUGUCUUCACCCUGUGGUCAGAGGAAAGAAAAGGCACUGGAGAAGUCAACUUCUAGAGAUGUGUCCCCUUUCCUUGUGAGUAUGCAGAAGAAUAAGUGGGAUGUCACAAGAUCCUUGAGAUUCAACCAGGAUGCACAAAGAGAAGAUGAUCAGCGACGGAUGUCUGAAAUUACAGGGCACCUUAUAAAGAUGAGAUUGGGUGAUCUGGACCGAGUCAAGUCAAAGGAAUCAAAAGAAUUUGCAGGAGGUAUUUAUUCCAGGCUUGAAGCACAAAUCAAGGCCACAGUGCCAGUCAGUGUACGGCAGGGAAGCUCCGAGAAAAACACGAGGUCGAAAAGCCGUUUUGGUCCAGGGCGUCCUGCAUAAAGCACCUUAACGUGUAACUACAGAGGCAGCAGACACACCUCCGGACAUCCGAAAUUGCUCACCUCUUGGAGAUCUUCAGAACGAUGACUUCUAAAUGUUUUAAGUUAUUUAUUAAUUAUUCUUGCAAACAUCAUAAAUCAGAAUGCUAAGGGAAGCAUAUAAUUAGGUCUUAUGAAAUCUAAUUGUAAAUAUGAAAUUCUUAUCUAAUUUUCUUUUAGUGUGAUGCUAGGCUAUAUAGAAAAUUAGUAUUUACAAAUUAGUUUAGAUUCCUAAUAUUAGUUUAUUUAUUUGAAAGAGAAGAGGCCUAAACUCUUGAGUAGCUAAGAUCUCUUAAGACCUUAAAAAAUUAGGCGAACACACCUGGUAGUGGUACCAUGCAUGUGCACCGACUUGGCAUGUCUCCUGUGAAUUGUAGGGUAGCGUUGAGCACUGCAGUUUGUGUGAUGAAAUUCUCAGUGAUGCUGAUUUUAAGUUUGCAUGAAUAUUAAGGAGGGAUGGAUCUCAAGACUGCAUUAAAUAAAGUGUCAUGGUGAGGUAUGUCUUGUGUUGGGCAGAAGGGUUAAAUGUUUUCAGUGUUAUUCCAUGGAAAGAAAGCACAAUGUCAAUCCAAUUUUUUCUCUUUUGUUUUUUAAUGCUUACCUAUUGGUCAUCUGAGCUGGAAUUACUGAUUAUUGACUCUUUCUCUGUGAGGCUAGUGCCAUCCUGAAUUUGUUAAAAUAACCAUUGAUAGUUUUAGGAUAGUAAAUCAUUUAGGUUGUCUGAGAUACCCACUAUAUCGUUCUCAGGGUUCUAAAACCCAACCAUAUGUCUAUAGCUAUUCCAAUAGCCCUUUAAAGCAGUUAUAAUUACUUAUUGCUUUAGAGCUGUCUAGGAAGAAAGAUUCCCAAAUGCAUUUGAUGGGUGAAAAACUGCAUAUAUUCGAGAGAAAUCAAAAUUCUAUAGAUCAUGUUUUAAUUUUUCUAACAAAGAAGAAAGAGUGCUCAGGGAAAAUUUUUCCAAACCAUAAGCACAUAAAGUAUGUAUUUAGGAAUUAUUUAUAUAUAGGUCUCUUUAAGAUGCACUGUUUCUAAUUUAAAUGAAGAUUUGCCUUAUAAUUGACAUUUCUUCAAAGUAUUUAGAGAACUGACUUUGAUAAUAUGACAGAACAGCAAUUUUUGUUGAAAUGUUGAAGUGUUAUACUCAGUAAACACAUACAGAAACCAUUAUUUUUAGUGAGUGUUUUAGUUGAUAAAUUAAGUUAGAUUUUAUUUGAUGUUAAAUAUAUGGCUUGGCCAAGGUUUUGGAACUUAUGUUUGGAAACUUGUGUUGCAGUUUAUAUUUUUCAAUUGAUAUUUUUGAAAUGGAUUAUAAAUUUUUUAUUUUUAAAAGAAAAUGUUUUAUAGGACAUAAUCUGUAAGCCCUGCUAAAUACUAGAGUCUUGCUUAGUUUACUGUAUUCUCUAAUUUAAAGGAUUUAGGCAUAUACAUGUUACAUUGUGCUGUGACAGUCACAACCAGACGAGGAAAAGAUGCCCUUUUGAUUUUUAACCGAUAGUAACAAAUUCUUACAAACCACAAUUUAUCAGAAUUUGGUUCUCUUCAAAAUGUGCUUUUAUUUUAUUAAUGUCUGUUGAACAUAACACAAGAACCACAAACAUUUUAUUGAAGCUCUUAAUAGCAUUUCUUUUGCCAAAUACUUUGAGGUUUGACCUUACAUUAAUUCUGAAUUCACGUUUCUUUAAUUGAAAUAAAUGUUAAUGACAAAAGUAGUUUGAAACAUCCCUUGAUCUGAAUCAUUCCAUCUCCCCAGGAAGGUCUCACAAUACGCCCCCCCCACCCCGCCCCCAAAUCCAGUAUUCUCAUUUUAUGGGUGGAGAAGUAAGUUCAGAGAGUAAAGUAACCCACACAGGGAUUGGGAUCUGGGCCUAUCCGCACAUUCCAAUACCUUCUUGAAAUAAUAUGCCUUGGAUUGCCUGAAACAGUCAGUCUCUCCUGGCUCACUGGUGACCCUUGCUCACUUCCUGUCGUUUCUUUCAGUCUUGUGUAUCCAACGCCUACUUGGCAUUUGUACUUGAAACACCAAUAGGUGUCUGCAGCUUAACAUAAUCAAAACAGAGCCAACAGCCCCACAGCUCCCUGCUUGUUAAAGUCCAGUCUUCCACAGUUUAGAAAAUGGUACUAUUGCCUCCCCAGUGCACAAACCGAAAUCUAGAAAUUACUUCUUAUUCCUCUCUUCCCUUCACCCCCCACAUCCAGUUCAUCAUCACAGCCUAUACAUCCUUUUGCUUCUCUCCAUCGCCAUUAGCACCGCCCAAGUCAGUAACUUUUACAUGAAGUGCUGCAAAUGUCUCCCAAGGGAUUCCCCAGCUUCCACUCCAACCUCUGUUAUCCACAAAGCAACUGUAGUGAUUUUGAAUGUGAAUCAGAUCACAUUGCUCCCCUGCUAACAUUCUAGUAGCAUUUCAUCAAACCUAGAAUAAAAUCCAACCUCCAUGGCGUGGGCUUACAAAGGCCUACAUGGCCCAGCCCCUGGCUGCCUCUCAGACCUCCUUUCCCUCCUGCUUCGUACAGUCCAGUCACAUUAGCUCACCUGUUCCUCAAACAUGUAAGCUCAUUCCCACCUUUCAGUCUCUUCACAUUAGCUGUUCUCACUGUCUAGAAGGCUUUUUCUUAUAAUUCAGAUUUUAGGUUAGCUCUUAGUUCCACCAGGAGGCAUUUCCAUGUACUCAAUCUAAAGUAGCUACUCAAGUCACUGUCAUAUCAUAGUUUAUUUCUGUACAACUGUGACAUUAUUGCUCUGAUGUUUUUCUUUUAUUUGUUGGUUUGCAGUUUGUCUCUAAUGCCAGAAAAUGAAAUUAAAUGCAUCCAA